GUGACAGCAGCAGCACACCGCCAGGGAGAGAGCGGCGGAGCUGCAAUCAGCCAGGAGCGAAAAUGUGAAGGUGGAAUCCGACUGAGCAGCGUUGUGUUGUAACUGCCGCCUGUUUCCCUGAAAAAAAAAAAAUAUCACAACCUUCAUUCCCACACAGCAAGAACAGGAGCUUUAUUUGGAUUUUAUAAUCUCUGGAAAUAUCCUCGCUUUGUUUUUUCUUUUCUUAUACAUUUUUUUUUUGGUACCUCUCUUUCUGGCUCUGUCCACCUUCUCAGAAAUUGACUGUGUUGCUGAGAGUGAGGAGCAUCAUUUGCGUUCACUGGAUAUUCAUUUUUAAUGACUUUUAUAAAGAUCUCCUCUCGCUUUAUGGGAUUAUUCUCGACGGAGACGCUUUGUUUUAGAUAAGAACACGUUGAGCAUCAUGAGUUCCAGUGCAGCUUAUCACCAAGGCUCAGCGGGCGGUGAGCGAAGUUCCGGACCAAUCCGGUGCCAGCGAUGUCGGGAAGUAUGCAAAGGAGAGGUGGUACGCGUACAGGACACCCACUUUCAUGUCAAGUGUUUCACCUGCACCGUGUGUAACUGUGAUCUGGCGCGAUCCGGCUUCUUCCAGAAGAAGGGCGAGUACAUCUGUACGGCAGACUAUCAACGCCUGUACGGUACACGCUGUGACCGCUGUGACAGCUUCAUCACAGGAGAGGUGGUCUCCGCUCUGGGACGCACGUACCACCCCAAGUGCUUUGUCUGCAGCAUCUGCAGUAAACCCUUUCCGAUCGGAGACAGAGUGACAUUCAGUGGAAAGGACUGCGUGUGCCAGCAGUGCUCUCAUACACUCGUCAAGUCAAAUGAACCGAUCAAGAUCCACGGGCCAAGCCACUGUGCUGGGUGUGGAGAUGAGAUCAAGCAGGGUCAGUCUCUUCUGGCACUGGAGAAACAGUGGCACGUCAGCUGCUUCAGAUGUCAGACUUGCAACAUGGUCCUCACAGGAGAGUACAUCAGCAAGGAUGGAGUGCCAUACUGUGAGGCAGAUUACCACGCCCAGUAUGGGGUGAAAUGUGAGACCUGCAGCAGAUACAUCAGUGGAAGAGUUCUGGAGGCGGGAGGGAAACACUACCAUCCGACCUGCGCUCGAUGCUCCCGCUGUAACAUGAUGUUCAAAGAGGGAGAGGAAAUGUACCUGACAGGAUGUGAGGUGUGGCACCCAUUAUGCAAGCAGGCAGCGAGGGCAGAGAGGAGACUCCGGCACAGACGCCUAUCGGAGGCCUCCAUCUCUCCACCAGGCUCCUCCAUUGGCUCUCCCAGUAGGGUUAUAUGUGCCAGAGUGAAGAAUGAGUUCCUAGAUUAUAAGGACCUAGCUGCCCUGCCAAAGGUCAAGGCCAUAUAUGAGGUCCAACAGCCAGACCUCAUAUCCUCCUCAUACCAGCCCUACCACAGAUACACCUCUGAUGACAGGCUAGACACUUACAGCUAUGGGGAGUCACUCGGGACACUCUCUCCCUAUUCUCAGGACUAUGACAGCCUGGAUAUAAGGCAGAGGCGAUGCUCCAGUCCAGGUUAUAUUGACUCACCGACGUAUAGUCGUCAAGGCAUGUCACCUAUCAUGCCUCGCUCUCCGCAGCACUAUGGCUACCCUGGCUCUGAGAGUGGCAGGAGUUCACCUUAUUACGGCCAAGAGGGGCGGUCAAGCACACCCACCAAAAUCCAGCCCCCUAAACAUUUUCAUGUGCCAGCCACAGGGGACCCCAACAUCUACAGGAAGCCUCCCAUCUAUACGAGAGCGGACAAUCAUGUGGACGCAGCCACCAAAAGCAGGACCAGCGAGGACAUCCUCAGAUCCUCCCGACUGUCCACCUUCUCUCCUGAGCCAUACACCCAGUCAGAGUCUGACUACUAUCCGUACACCAGUUCCCCCAAGGCCUAUCGGAUGCCGAGAAGACGCUUCUCAACAGGAGGAGAUGAAGAGAGUUGGAGUCACAGUCUUCAAAGAAUUGGGAGUGGCAUCGGGAGGAUGAUCCUAAAGGAGGAGAUGAAAGCCAGAUCUGGUUCCUAUGACAACGACCCCUGGGGCAGUGCGAGGAAUUCUCGUUGUGGGAGCAAGGAAACACUCAACACUACAGGCUACGGCACCACGGCAUACAACAACACUGUCAACGGAUCUCCCCGAUCUCAGUACAGUGCUGAUAGUGAUUUUGUUUGCAAGUCUGCCUCACUACCAGGAUAUGGACGCAACGGCAUCCAGAGGCCUCAGAGUGCAGAUUGCUACCAGUACCAGUAUGACAGUGGUAGCGAGGUCAACUGGGGAAGCAGAGCAGAAUACAAGGUUUACCCCUACGAAGCGCUCAUUGUCACCACCAGAGGUCGCAACAGGCUUCCCAAAGAUGUAGAUAGAGCCAGGCUAGAACGCCACCUUUCCCCAGAGGAGUUUUCCCAAGUGUUCGGCAUGACCGUGGAAGAUUUUGACCGGCUGGCUCUGUGGAAGAGAAAUGAGCUCAAGAAGCAGGCCCGACUGUUUUAAUAACACAUAAACGUCUGUUGAAUACUGCCAUAACUAGAGCGAGAAACUUAACUGACUGUAGGAGGAGGGAAGAAAGAGAUAGGAAGACUUCUACUGAGUUUCACUGCCAUGGCUGAGAACCUGUUCUAGAUCUCCUCAUAUGACGAACCAAAUUCUGGUCACACCAGCGUGGACUUCAGAGAUACCGAGGAAAGGCCACAAGAGACAUUAUGCACAGAAGGACUGAUAAACUGUUACUGUGUGCUGGGGUGGUGUGUAAGCAAUAGAGACUGUAGUACAGUAGUGUUGUGCUUUUCUUAAGCUUGAAAGGUGGAGGAAAGGCAUGACUGGGCCUGUGUAAAGGCCACAUGAGGGGAUGUCUGUGACCAGAGCCGCGG